UUAUCCAAUCAAUCAAAUUUAGUCCUAAAUUAUGGAGCAUGGAAGCCCCUCCUCUAACCAUAGCCGUAAGGCACAAUCAAGCUCUGGAAGUGAGAAACUGCGUAUGCCCGUUACGCAUCUGACAAGAAUCAUGCAGCGAGCUAUUCCUGCGCAGGCUAAAAUUUCCAAUGGUGCUAAGGAAUCAAUGCAAUUUUGUGUCUCUGAAUUCAUCACCAUUAUCACUACUGAGGCUAGCGAGCGUUGCAAGUUUGAGCAUCGCAAAAUUGUUACCGCUGAAGAUUUAAUUUGGGCUAUGGAUAAGUUGGGCUUUGAGGACUAUACUGGACCUCUUGUUUUUUACCUUGAUAACUAUCGUAAAAAUGAGGCCCAGUUCACUGCCAUGGCAAUUGCCCAUGGGCUCAACAAGGAUGCAUCCAACAGUGGCAGUGGUAAUGACCAACCUUGAUAUGCAAUUCAUUUGGGAGCAUUUAUGGCGUAAUAAUAAAUUGUGUUUGAAUAAUUCAUGUUAUGAUUUUAAUAAUUUGUGCUUAAAACUUUAUGCCUUUAUGUGGCUUCCUUUUUAUUUUUUUUGCUUUUCUUAUUUCGUGUUGCUUUCAUUGGUCAUCAUUAUGAACUAUUAAGUUUCAUAUAUUAUAAAAGUUUAUUGUCGGUA